AUGGACAUGAGAACCAAAAAUAAGGCUAACCGAGGGACGGAGGGAGUACAUGCUCAGGGAAACCGAAACCACUAUCUCCACAAGGCAGUUAAUGAGGAGAAACUGAAGCGGCCGCUCUCACACAUGCAGGCGUGGGAGAUCGCCCAUACGCGGAAGGACCCCAAGCCUGGCGAGCCCAAGUACUACGGCAAGAAGACCGCAGAGAGGAAGAAGGCCUACUCCGAAGCGUAUCUGGAGUUACAUCCUGACACACCUGACCCCAUUGCGGCGCCUCUGGACGACAUGGCGGUGGUGAGGAUGGGGCCCAAGGAGCACGGUCGGGAGGCGGUUCUCGAUGCUGUGAUCACUCCUAGUAUCUCCUACACACAGCUUCGUCGGAUCGACCCGAGCCUGAGCCAGCGCACGAGCCAGCCAGUGACCAGUACACAGUACCUCUUUCAGGAGCAACAAUCUGUAAGUAUUUUCCCUCUUAUCUUCAUUUCUCACUUCAUUUUCCGCAUUUAGUAGUUUUAUGAGUUCCAUCAUGUCAUACCGUAGGCCUACAUGGAGUACACACGCCAGGAGACCAUGGCGUGGCAUCAGAGGCUUUAUG